AUGGCGAACGAGCAGCAGUCCGGAAUCAAGAUUCCUGUGUGGAAUGGUGAGGCCUCCACUUUAGAGAGUUUCGAGGAAAAGGUGAAGUUGUGGGUCCUGGGCACAAAGAAGGAUGACAGGAUCUACCUCGGCCCGCGUUUGGUUCAGGCAAUGGACGAGGAUUCGCAGCAGUGGUUUGAGGCAAAGAAGGUUUCGCUCGACGACCUCGUCAAGGAGGACGGAGCGGAAAAGGUCGUGGAGGCGCUCAAAGGAGUUAGAGGCACGGUCACGAUGCAGGAAGCUGUGUCAAAGUGGCGAGAAUUCAUGCGUGGAGUGUAUCGGCAUCCGGGUGAAGGUCCAAAGAGAUGGGUUUCUCGCUUUGACAUCCACUUGAGCAAGAUCGGUAAAGCCCUCCACGCAGUCUGUGACGAGAUUCCGGCCCAAGGUUUCAUGCACGAGUUCAUCCUAGGGUUGAUCCUGCUGGACGGGACGGGCUUGGACCCGUCAGAGCAGGCCGCGGUGCUGGCGACCAGCGGCCCCAAGGGCAACUCAUACCUCUACCAGGACGUGAAGAAGGCGAAGGGCGCUCACGCGGUCUUCGACGACGCCGACGAGCUCGCCGCCUACGCCGAGGAGGUCUACGACGAGGCGUACAUCGACGGGUUCGAGGAGGCGGCAGACAUCACGGAGUCAGCGAUGACGGCAGCCGAAGACCUGAUGACCGCCGCGCUCGGUGAAGAGCCUAGAGGAGACGAGGAGCAAGGAGAGGAUGCGCUGGCAGCGGCGGCCUCGACUCACGAGACGGACGAGUGGACGGAGACGGCCUUCGCGGCUUCGAGGACGUUCGUGGAAGCGAGGAAGCUGAUCAACGAGGUCAAGAACGCCAGGGGCUACUUUCCGGUGGUAGGUCUGGGCGCCUACGACGCGCUCCCGACUCAACCCGCCGCGGGAGCUGGGCGCGGACGUGCAGUGAGUCGGGGCGGACCGCCUCGCAAGGGCAAGGGCAAGGAUCGAGGCGGCGUGGCAGGCCGCGGCAAGGGUCGUGGUCAGAGUCAGAAGCGUCCAGCAGCACCUCCGAAGGACUCGAACUCAGGGACCAACGAGAAGUUCAAGGGGGCUUGCCUGCUCUGCGGCGAGCCAGGCCGCAAGGCAAGGGACUGCCCCAAUCGGGGCAAAGGCGCCCAAGGGGAGAGGCGCCGGGCUUUCAACAGCUUCGUCGGCGCGGCCGACGGCUACAGCAAGAAGGUCGAGUUCGAGGACGUCCAGGACGUGUUCGUCGGCACGGUCAACGACGAGGGCGAGUCCAAGGACUGCGACGAGGAGGAGCUGGACGAGUUCGCGGCCUUCAGCAUGGACGACUGCAAGGGCUACGCGCUCUUGGACGGUGGAGCGUCCAGAUCAGUCGGAGGCGCGGAGCAGCUGGAGUACGUGAACGAGCGCCUGAGCGAGCCCAUGGAGGUCAGCCCGGACAAGAGUCUGGGAUUCUCAUUUGCUGGAGGCGACCGGGCAGACGCACCCUCACGGGUGACCUUUAACGUGAAGGUCCUGAACGAUGAGGCUGUGAGCAUCUACGUGCUGGAUCGUAAGUCUCCGGUGCUGCUUGGAAUCGAUAUGCUGAAGAAGUACGGGCUCGUGAUCGAUUACUUCCACAACACCGUGUACUCUCAUCGGUUCAAGCGUGAGAUCCCUACUAGAGUGCUCCCGUCAGGUCACUUGGCACUGAACCUUACUGCUCUGGGCAACGAGGGGUCCAACCUUGUCGUGGACCUGAUCAUGUGCAGGAACUGCGGGGAGCUCCUGUUCAAGUACCACUUCGCGAAGACGAGCGACCAGAUGCUCCUCCAGUGUGUUCGCUCCCGGCAGUAUAUCCACCGCCUGGAGACCACGGGCACGGCCCAGCCCGUGGCGCCCAUGAUGAACCAGUCGAGCUCCUCGGACAGCGAGGCCACGGCGACGACGACGGCGCCAGCGCCAAUGCCUCCACCGAGCCCUCCAGGGGCCACCAAGAAGUUGCCCGAGCGCCUGUCGGCCGAGGCCAUUCGGAAGCUCACGGACACGGAGGUGCAGCAGAUCAUCGAGAGCGAGAGGAUCAAGAUCCGCCAGGAGGAGCAGCAGCGCCUCGCGAAGGAGAUCCUCCAGAAGGGCCUCAUCGACACGCCGACGGACCCGACGGAGGUGGACGACAGGGCCAGGCCGAGCAAGAGGCUGGGCGUCAGCCAGAUGCCCAAGGCCAGCCGGAGACUUUCAUCUCGUGUGAAGAGCUGUGUACUUGGAGCGCUGAUCGCGGCGACGGCGGCUCUGGGAGAGAUGCCGGGCACCGCCUGGGAGGCAGCCGAGACCUAUGGCAGGCUGGACCUCGCAGAAGUGGCCUGUGUGUCCGACUCCAGGCUCACGCACGCGAUGAUCGAGCAAGGAGGCAAGGCCGAGAGAUUCAGCAACUGGAACGGGUAUGACUUCUCCACCAGGUCUGGUGCAGAGAAGCUCGUGAAGGCUUUGCGGGUCAAGAGGCCUCGAAGAGUUUGGUUUUCCCCACCGUGCGGAGCAGAGUGCCCAUGGCAGAAUCUGAACCCCGUAACGGCGGAGUCGGAGAAGAAGCUGAUCAAGACCAGACGUAUCCAGAGGAACGUCAAAUGGGCUAUCGGUCAGCUGCUGAACGAGGGUUUCUGUGGCAUAUACCUCGAGCAGUCGGGACGCUGCAGGUCUUGGACAGGCAACUUCAGGGAGCUCAAAGAGUCCAUGCAUGGCUGCAGGAUUCACGGGUGCAUGUACGAUAUGAGAGACGAGCAGAGCGGUCUCCUCAUACGCAAGGACUGGCACAUCGCGACCACUGACCCGCAGUUUGAGAAGAAGGUUGGGAGGACCUGCCCUGACUUGCAUCUGCAUAUGCCGCUGGAAGGCGGCACGAGGGUGGCACUGUCAGCGAAUUAUCCCGUGAACCUGUGCCGGAGGAUCGCCCAGCACUUCAUGACCAGGGCCACCUCGGACGAGGCCCUCGCCUAUCUGGUGCAGGCCCACAACGAGUUGGACGACGAGCUGUGCGCAGCGGGCUACAGGCGCUUGCGGGAGAAGCGGCCCGCCUCUGAAGGGCCACCACCGCCGCCGCCGAAGCGCCCAACGCUGGAGCCCACAGCUCCCGAGAGUCAAGGAGAAAGCGCAGGCGGUCAAGUACCAGCUCCUGAUCCUGACGAAACUGGAGAUGCUCAAGUCCCUCCAGAAGGCGAGGCGCCCCCGCCGACGCCCGAGUCGGGAGGUCAAGAGCAGUCGGUGGGCAAUCUCAGGCUGCCACUGCCAAGGAGUGCCCAGAACUGUACCAAGGCAGAGUUGCGCGAGCUGGAGGCCAUCAUCGCACACAUCCAUCGGAAUUUCGGACACUGCAGUAUGAGCACGGUCAGCGCCGCCCUCAAGUCUCGCAAGGCGGACCAGAAGCUCAUCGACCUUUGCAGCCACUACGAGUGUCCGGCCUGUAAGGCAGCUCAAAGGUUUCAGAUGCGACCUAUUGCCAGCUCAGAACCAACAUUACCCGCUCCUGGUACCGAGAUGGGUUGCGACAAUUUCUAUUGGACACAUCCUCGACGAGCCUACCAAGUUCGUGGGACCCUCUGUGCAGACUAUGGCAACCGCUUUACCCAGACGUCGAUUCACUGUCAGAAGGGGGUCGAGGAGCAUUGUGGCAACACCACCGCGAAGGAGAUGAAGGAGGUAGUGCUGAAGGACUGGAUCCACCACUACGGCAAGCCGGAGGUUUUCAGGACAGAUCCCGAGGGUUGCUUCAAGCAGGUCGAGCAGCGCGCCUGGGUCUCGGGUAACGGCAUGGAGUGGAGACCGGAACCCGGAGAAGCUCACUGGCGAAUGGGAGUGAUCGAAAGGUGCAUCGAGACCGUCAAGGACAUCGCCACUCGCCUCGCCUGGGAGCUACCAGACGACACAGAUCCCGCGGACAUCUUUCGCUGGGCUUGCGUGGCCAACAACGACCUGAUGCGACACCAAGGCUACAGCCCGAUGAUGCUCAUGAUGGGUCGCACCCCGUCGGGGCAGGGCCUGGAGCAAGUGGAGAAUCCUUCGGUCCUGAGCGCAAAUGUGGUGGACAAACACUUCCAGGAGGUCACGCGCAUCAAGGCGGCUGCUUACAAGGCGUGCGUGGACCAUUACCUGUCGGAGAAGACGAAGCGUGCUCUGCUGGCCAAGACGAGGCCGUUCAAGACUUGGGAGCCUGGUGAGAAGGCACACUACUGGCGAGGUGCGAAGGGUAACAGUCACAAGACUCGACCAGGCAUCGCUGGUCGAUUUCACGGCCCCGCCACUAUCUUGAUGCAGGAGCGCGAGAUGAAGAAUGGAGUUGCGGUGCGUCGAGGAGUUGUCUGGCUUGUUGACGGGGACCGUCUCGCACGAGCAGCGGCCGCUCACCUCCGCACGACUACGAAAGCGGAGCGGACCCUGGAGAGCAUCUCCGCAGGGAGCUCCGACCACUUCAAGAAGAUUCUUCAGGAGUUGACGAAGGGUGCUUACGACGAUGUGGUGGAUCAGCCUGGUCCGGGAGAAUGGGACGAUAUUCCAGAAGGAGAGAACGUUGAAGUACCAGACCCACCCAGGAUGACAACUCCAAGAAGCAUGGCAUUUCAUCAACCUGAUGAUCACGAAGGUGAAGCGGGGUCGGACUCGAGUGGCCACGAAGGGGCCGCGCCUGAGGCCUCACCGCCUCCUAUGCCCGCGCAGAAUCCAGCUGAACCAGCACCGACGCCGACCAGAGACCAGAUCGACGAGAGCGAGCCACCACCAGAAGGUUACAACAAGCGGGAAGCCAGUAAGGAACCUUCUGAAAAUCCAGAUCCCAAGAGACAUCGCGCCGACUUUGCUGGGUACUUGGGCCAUCUGUGCCAGAAGGCGCCGACGCUUGUCAUGCCCGAGCUCGGUCGUGCCGAGCCCGAAUCCGAGGGCAGUGCGAAUUGGGUCUCACCCUGGGAGUAUGAUCAGAAGACGAAGGCUUCCGACCUGGUGGGCUUCGUGGGCGAGGACGAGCCGAACCUCGCGAUCAUGAUCGGCUUCGCGCUGGAGGAGUCGGAUGUGGAUCAACUCAGCCGGAGGCCUGACAAGGCCCUCGCCGCGAUGGUCAAACAGAACAAGGUCGAGGUGAAGCUCAAGGACCUUACGGCAGAGGACCGUGAGAAGCUCCCGAUCGCGAAGGGUAACGAGAUCAAGUCUUUCCUCAAGUAUCGAGUCUGCGAGGCAGCCAGUCGUGCAGGAGUGCACCCUGGAGCCCUGAUGAAGAUGAGAUGGGUCAUUACAAGGAAGGAGACUGGCGACCUUAAGGAGCUCAUGGAGAUAUCGUCAGAAGCUACCCGUCUACGAGCCGCCUUCGGUCAGCUCAUGUGGUUAGCUACGCAGGGCGUGCCCCUCAUCGGGGCAGAGCUGUCACUGCUGCUGGCUUACAGUAAUUCCGCAACGGUGAAUACUCUCCUGCAGGCCAACAAGCUCAUCAGGCGCACCAAGUUUGAGGCGACCAAAGAGCUCAUCAUGGAGAAGCACGCGAAUCCGUGUGUGGUCGGCUAUUCGGACGCAGCCUGGAAUGUUCGACGUGAUGGUUCUUCACAGGGUGGUUUCUUGAUCUUUCUGACUGACUAUACCUUGAUGCAGAACCGAGAGGUACAAGCCGCCAGUGAAGCUCAAGAGGAGCUGGAGUUUUGUAGGCUGCUGCUGAGCGAGAUCCUCAGUGGACUUCAAGCUGUGAAGAUUCCUGGCGCCCUGGUCCUGGACUGCCGCGGCGUGUUCGAUGCUCUGGAUCGGUCCGAGAGCAGCGCCCUCGGCAUGAAAGACAAGAGGAGCGCGCUGGAGGCCCUGGCCCUCAAGCGCGGCAUGGCCGCCACAUCCACAUCCCUGAGGUGGUGUCACAGCGGUGCGCAGCUGAGCGAUUGUAUGACCAAGAACUCGGAGAAGGCUCGCGCCAGCUACAACCUUUGGCAGCAGCGAGGCACCUGGAAGUUGAUAUACGACGCUAAUUUUAUUUCCGAGAAGCAGAGAAGACAGCGAGGACUGCAGACACUAGACCAGGCCACAUAUUUCGCAGUUGAUGACGACGAUGCCUGGCAGUUGUACCCGGAGGAUUUGGAGAUCGAGGAGGAGGCAGAUAUUCCCCAAGACUUUCGUCUCCCGGAAGCGGUGAGCGCAAUGAGACAUGAUGCUACCUCCGUGCAGUAG